UAUACAUUAUAUUUUCCUCCGUAAUUUUAAUGAGCUAAAUCCAAUAUGCCGACUAAACAAAAUAAUGAGACUAAUGAAGGAAGUAAUGCCAAUGGAGGAGAGGAUUAUGAGCCUAGUGAAAACGGCCACCUAAAUACCUUGCUAGGCAAUAAUUUUGAGGGAAUUAGAGGCACACAUGUUAAUCAACCCUCUAACAGCGAUAAUAAUAACGAAGAUGAUGAAAAUAAUGCAGGCUCGCAAGGUGAUUUAAGUCAUUUUUCGGAAUUAUUUCCUGAUAAUCAGAGUGAGGAAGGAGAAGAGGGUGAAGAAUUAUUUGGGGACAAUUUAGAAAAUGAAUAUCGAGCUAGACCAGAGCUCGAUUACUAUGAAAUUGAAGAGGGAGAAGAAGAAGAUGAUAACAUUGAACCCAUGUCACCUUCUACCAGAAUAGCUGCAGAAAGAUCUAUUCGUAAGAGGGAAAGAGAAGAUGCCUUAGCCAGGGGAGAACUUAGAAGGGAAUUAUUUUAUGAUGAUGAAAUGAUAGAUGAGGAUCUGAUUGAUGGAGAAGAAAAGGACCAGGGGAAGUAUAGGAGAAGAAAAAAGUUUAUGCACACCUUGGAAGGGGAAGGAGAUACAUCAUUUGGUAGACUUGAGGAGGAACAAAUGAUAGAAAGUGUAGAGAAUCUGGAAGAUAUGAAAGGAUUCUCAGCCCGGGAAUGGUUUGCAAUGCUUGCACCUCGCAUGGAGGCCCACAAUAGGUUCAAACAUUUCCUCAGGACUUUUACAGAUGCCAAAGGCAGAAAUGUCCACAAGGAAAAAAUCCGGACCAUGUGCCAAUUCAACAAAUCAAGUCUCGAAGUGGAUUACAAUGAAUUGCACGCUUCCGAACACGUCCUAACCUACUUCUUACCCAUCGUGCCAAUCGAAAUAAUUAAAAUAUUUGACGAGGCUGCUAAAGAAGUAGUCCUAUCCCUAUUCCCCAAUUAUGAAAGGAUACAGCCUGAAGUACAUGUCAGGAUAUGCAAUUUACCAAUAGGGGAAGAUAUCAGAUCUCUUAGGCAAAUCCACCUAAACACACUGAUAAAGACCAACGGGGUCGUCUCCAUGUCCACCGGCAUAUUGCCACAGCUAAAUUACGUCAAGUACGAUUGUCUCAAAUGCAAUUUCGUUCUCGGACCUUACUACCAAACUCAGGAGUCUGGUGAGGUUCGACCCGGCUCAUGUCCCGAAUGCCUCUCCAAUGGUCCUUUCGAAAUCAACAUGGAACAGACAGUGUACCAAAAUUAUCAAAGGAUAACUUUGCAAGAAAGCCCCGGCAGAGUCGCGGCUGGAAGAUUGCCGAGAUCAAAGGACGUUAUACUAUUAGCAGAUUUAGUGGACACCUGCAGACCCGGCGAUGAAAUUGAAUUGAUAGGUAUUUACUUAAAUAACUACGAUGGUGCCCUCAACGUUCAGCAAGGGUUUCCUGUAUUUUCUACGGUCAUCUUAGCCAACAACGUCAUCAGAUGUGGUGGAAACUAUGAUGUAAUGACAAGCUUGAUGGACGAAGAUGUUAAAGCAAUAAUGGCUCUGUCCAAGGACGAAAAAAUAACUGAGAGGAUAUUCGCGAGUAUCGCGCCAUCUAUACACGGACAUGAGAAUAUCAAAAGAGCUUUGGCACUCGCCAUAUUUGGCGGAGAACCUAAGAAUCCAGGUCAAAAACACAAACUCAGGGGAGACAUAAAUAUUCUGAUUUGUGGCGAUCCUGGUACUGCCAAAUCUCAAUUCCUCAAAUACGUACAAGCCUUAGGCUCCAAUUCAUCCCGCAGCAAAAAUUCUUCUGGAAUAUCCUUCCGCACCGUUUUUACCACAGGCCAGGGCGCAUCUGCCGUGGGGCUAACUGCCUCGGUGAGAAGGCACCCGGUGACCAAGGAAUGGACUCUAGAAGCAGGAGCCAUGGUCCUCGCAGAUAAGGGCAUAUGCUUGAUUGACGAGUUUGAUAAGAUGAGUGAUCAAGAUCGAACUAGCAUUCACGAAGCUAUGGAGCAACAGACGAUCUCCAUAUCGAAAGCUGGGAUAGUCACAUCCUUGCAAGCCAGAUGUUGCAUCAUAGCAGCUUCCAACCCUUUGACCGGGAGAUACGAUCCAUCCCUUACAUUUUCUGAAAAUGUUGAUUUGUCUGAGCCCAUUCUAUCGCGUUUCGAUGUAUUCUGCAUAGUCAGAGAUGUAGUAGACUUAGUUGAAGACGAAAGGUUAGCCAAAUUCGUGGUAAAUAGUCAUAUGAGGCAUCAUCCCUCCCGGACAAAGACGCCAAUCAAUGAUGGAAGCAGCGAAGCGGAUAACGAUAUGGAAGUGGAAAAUAUUCUGGAUGAAUUACCACUUCAAGCCGAUAGAACCAUCGAGCCACUGUCUCAAGAUAUGUUAAGAAAGUACAUAAUGUAUGCCAAGGAAAGGAUCCACCCUAAGUUGACCACAAUAGAUCAGGAUAAAAUAGCUAAGCUAUAUGCUACUCUCAGGAAGGAAUCGAUGCUUACCGGCAGUAUUCCUAUAACAGUGAGGCACAUCGAAUCCAUCAUUAGGUUAUCAGAGGCCCAUGCGAAGAUGAGGCUUAGGCAAUACGUUAACGAAGACGAUGUCAACAUGGCCAUUAGGAUAGUGUUGGAAAGUUUCAUAGACACUCAGAAAUAUGGUGUCAUGAGAACUAUGAAAAAGACGUUCUCCAAAUUUUUAUCCUACAAAAAAGACAACGACGAAUUAUUGCUAUAUUUGCUCAAACAAUUAUCUCAAGAAUAUUUGUCCUUUUACAGGGCUCGACAUGCGCAAGAUGAGAUACAAACUUUGACCAAUAUUAAAAUAUCGGAAAAAGAUUUGGCCGAUAAGGCCAAACAAAUCAAUAUACACAACCUAGGACCAUUCCUUCACAGCGACUUAUUCAGGAACAAUAACUUUGCUUACGAUUCCCGCAAACGUCUGAUCAUUCAAUCUAUUUAAAAAUAAUACAUUAUUUCUUAUGUAAAUUAUUUUAACCUUAAACACUAUGUAUAUUUUGUAUUAUAAUAGAAAUUAUCUUGCAUUGUGAUAAUAUAUUUAACGUUAUAUUUUUUUAAAAUAA